GCGACGAUUGUACUAACUUUUUCGUUUCCCUCGUGAAAGUUUUAUUUAUAAGUCGAGGGUUUACAUAUGAAAAGAGAACUAGCAGCUGUGUACCGCGACAGCGACAGUCCACAUGAGCUCUUAAUGAUAAAUAGCAUAACUUUAUCAUUAAGACGUAAAGCAGCUGGGACAUUACAAGCAUGAUGGAAGCAACUGAUGGGGAAGAGUUGAUCAGAGAGGCUGCUGAACAUGUAGCACCCCCCAAUGGUGUAAUCAAUGAAGUGCUUGACGCGGGACAGGAGGACAAUAUGCAAGAACAGAUGGAGGAGUUUCUGGGCCCACAGCCUGAAUACAAUGAGGAGGAGGAGGAGAGGAAGUACUACAGAAGGAAGAAGCUGGGAGUGAUCAAGAAUGUGAUUUCAGCCAGCGUCGCAGCAAUGAUCGUAUAUGGAGUUUACAUGGGGCUCUUACAGAUGCAGCUGAUCCUCCAUUAUGACAUGACGUAUCGCGAGGUGAAGUACAGCAACCUCGGGCUUCAGGAUAUCGACCAAAAGAUGAUGAUGGGAAUCAACGUCACCCCCAUCAUAGGUCUGCUUUACACCCCUCUGCUCAUCAGGUUUUUAGGCACCAAGUGGAUGAUGUUUUUAGCUUCAGGGAUCUAUGCUCUGUUCGUGUCCACUAACUACUGGGAGCGGUACUACACCCUGGUCCCAUCAGCUGUGGCCAUUGGAGCGGCAAUUGUGCCUCUUUGGGCGUCACUAGGGCACUACAUGACCAGGAUGGCCCAGCAGUAUUACGAGUAUGUGAAUUAUAAAGAGGAGCACGUUCAGGAGCAGAAGAAGCUCCCGAAAGGCGCCUGUCACAGCUACAUCAUUGUUUUCCACUCUGUCUUCCACAUUAUCUUCAACUUAAGUUUCGUCUUUGCUCAGUUCCCCAUGCGUCUCAUCCUGCAUCACUACCUCAUUGACAACCAAGCACACAUUCUCUGCAACGUCAAGUCAUGUGGUGCCAAGAUAAGUGGAGUGAUCCCUGGGUUUAAUACGACUGUGUUACUCAGCCUGCCUCGGUCCAAGCUGUUGAUUGUAGUUGAAAGCGUCCUCAUGUCCUUUGCCUUUUUGGCUAUGAUCAUGUUCCUGGUUUUGUGUGGUCCAGCCUAUCGUCCAACAGAAGAGAUUGACCUCCGCAGCAUCGGGUGGGGAAACAUCUUCCAGCUCCCAUUCAAGCACCACCGGGAUUAUCGCCUGAGACUCCUCUGUCCUUUCUUCAUCUACAGCGGUUUCGAAAUAGUAUUUGCUGUGUCUGGAUUCUCACUGUCCUAUGGUGUCUGUGCAUUGGGGCUAAAGCAACUGUGGCUCAUCAUUGUUGUCUAUGGACUUUCUGCAUCGGUUUUCUCCUCCCUGUCCUUGUGCCUGCUGCGCCUGCCCCGCUGGGUGUGCCUGAUAGGGGGUGCUAUUGUCCAUGGGGCUCUCAUCAUUGCUCUCCUGGCGUUUUCCCCGGUCCCAGGAGGGAAUCAGUGUGGGACAGUCCAACCUCAAAACAGCCCAGACUACCUUGCACCGAUCCUGAUCAUAGCAAUACUGUGGGGUCUCGGGACAGCUCUGAACAAAACUGGAGUUGGGAUUCUGGUCGGCAUUCUGUACGCAGAAGAGAAAGAACGUCUUGACUUUGUUUACACCAUCUAUCACUGGCUUCAGGCUGUGGCCAUUUUUGUAGUGUACUUGUGGUCUGAAAUGCCUAUGAGGGCCAAACUGUCUAUCCUUUUGGCAACGUUAUUGUUGGCCUGUUAUUGUUACUGGGUGAUGGAGAGAAGGCUGGUCAGAAGAGUGCCCUACAGAUUGCCUCGAAUUCCCCGUCCAAAACACAAGGUCAAAGGUUACCGAUAUCUGGAAGAGGACAACUCCGAUGAGUCAGACUCAGAAGACAGCGAUGAAGAUGAUGAAGACUAUGACAAAGAAGAAGAGACAGAGGACGAGGAGCAUGUGCCCGGGGAGGAGGGCAACCACGGAUACGAGGGUGACCAUGAUUACGAGGGUGAUCAUGAUGGAGGGGCAUGCGGACACGACUCACCCAAGGGUCAGAGGCGACACCGGCGAGAGAAAGAGAAAGGGGUGAGGGAGGGGGAGAGGGGGAGGGCUGGUGAAAGGAAUGGGGAAAAUGUGGAGAAAAUAUGAACAAAGGAUGGUCAUAGGGAUCUCAUGAUGUAAAAUACUGUUAUUCCAAUUUCUGAGAGAAAUUGAUUCACACAGAAUCUACAUUAAAAUUGGAACUAAACUGGAACUAAACCUGGAUUAAACUAGUCCAGGACUAUCCAUAAAUCUACAUUAGGACUAAACUGGGCUCACAUGUGUGAAUGCAUGCAUUGUUAAUUCAUACAAUGAGCAAAACAGCUGUAUACAUUAUAAUUCUAAACAUUAUCCAAACCCCUUCUAAAAAAGUACAGAUUCUGGUCAUCCAAUAACAGGACAAUAAGCAGUUGCAAAGUAUAGUAUAGCAUACAGAGUAAUACAGAGUAUAGCAUUUUUUUAGUUUUACAUGUUGAAAUGCACUUUGUUCAUGUAUCAUCAUUCUUACUUACAUUCAUAAGAUAGGCAAUUAAGGAAAAACAUUUGUUCUCACUAUUUACUAUUGGCAAUAAAAAUUACUAAUUCAACUUUAGAUUUUUCAGACAGCCAAGAUUGAAUUACAUAUGUCUUUGAUUUGCCUGUUACAUAAUGCUUUAUAAAUAUGUUGGACACAUUACAAUAUAAAAGUAUUUACACUGGCCAGACAUGUUUGAGAGAGAGAUCUGAAGCUGUUUCAGGUAUAUAUUUUGUCAGCAGCUCUGAAAAUCAUUGCUCAAAAGAAGUGAAGAAUUGAUUUUGCUGAAAUUGCACUCAGUGUUUUAAUGAAGUAAUUUAAGUCUUUUAGUAAGUAGUAAUUCAAGUUUUUAAUGUCUACAGUUGUCUGAGUGCUAAGAAAAAUCCUUAGCUGUGUCCAUCACAAGCCUUCUUUUGUUUAUUUGUAUUUGUUAUUUUUCAGCUAACUAACUAUGCUCAUUAUCUGACUGGCUGCCAUUGAUGCUCAGACGAUAAUGCUCUCUUCACAAUUUGGCUGGUUACCUGCUCUACAUUGUGAUGUUGGUUAAAGGUACCAUAUGAAACGUUCUGGAAAAGGCACGGCACCUGCAUGAUUCUAUGAAAAUAAUAUGUUAAAACUAUACUUUAUUUGUGUUCAGUUUAAGCACCUUAGCAGCAACAUACAAUAAUAAUAGGCCAACAGUUCAUCAGAUCCAGUGUCAGUGCAGUUUGAGUUGAGUAACAUCCCUCAGGGUAAAAGUGUCCGUCCUCUCUGUCCUGAAGCUGGAGCAUCACAGCUGUGUCCCGGGGAAGCCAGGUGAGCUCUUAACCCUAACCCUACUCUGGAAACACAACACAAAGACUAUGCAGAUCUCUACACUCUGUUGUUUUGGUUGGUGAUGAGACAGGCCAUUCCCUCGUUUAUCCUCUGGAACAUCUGCCAUAUUUGGUGUAGAAAGUCUCUUCCAUUGUCGUAAAAAAGUCUGUUGCAUUUUAGAGCUAGCUGGUUAUCAUAACUAGCUCCAUACAGGGUUGCCAUGGAUACAGGAAAAACAAACUGCUCAAAUCACACAACCCUGAACGUGUGUCCUUUCAAAUGCACAAGCUGCGCAUUUCUUAGUUCAAGGCCAAAAUCCCAAUAUGUUAAGUUAAAAAUGUACGGGGAAAAAAAAAAAAAAAAAAGACUACUCAAUGUGCCAGUGUGCCAAGAGCAUCUAACCUUGACCAUGGCAACCACGGAAAGGUUUUAUGCUAUACUGUGGAUGUGAAGAUUAUACUCAUAACUAAGGUUUUCAGUGCAAUAUAAAUAAAACCAAAAUAAAAUGAAAAACAGUACAUUAUUUUUACUUUUACAAUCCAGUCAGCUGAAAACACACUGCUUUAAUAGAGAAUUAAAAUGAGAUUUAUUAAGGUACUGCAUAGCUGAAUGAAAGAAAAAGUAAUUGUUGUUGAAAGUAUUCAAUUUGUAAAACCUAUAUUUUUUAUAGAUUGGGGUUUGACAAUGGUGUGAUGUACACUUUGACAUUUUUUUUGUAAAGUGCGUUAUAUUACUGCUAUAAUUGUCAAUUUACUGAUGCUUUGUUUUGACCACUGAAGAUUUGUGGUACCAAAUCACACAUUAAUUCCACUUAUGUUUCUAAAACGUGUCAAAGCUGACUAUUUUUGCACUGUGGUGAUAGGGGUACUGAUUAAAACAGCAUGUGUUUUAUGAUUAAACAAUGUGUCACUAUCUUA